CUUUCUUAGAAUAAUUUUGUGGCAUUUUGAAAGUUGCAAAAAAAGUGCAACUCCAGUGCUAACAUCUUAAAUGUAUCUUUCUGAUACUUGAUUAAAAAUUAGAGUAGAUCAUAUAGAUUAAUAGAUAAAAGAUGAUUAGUUCAAUUUAAGAGCAAAUGCUAACUUGUUGGACAAAACUUUCAUUACAGAAUUCAUCUGCAAAAUCACCAAAACUCCCCAUAGGUUUCGAAUCCCUACCUGAUGAGAUAUUGAUUGAAAUAAUAUAUUGCUUGAACCAGCUUGAUGUAUUACAGUUAUGCCUAGUGAAUAGAAAGAUUUAUAAGUUAUGUAGAGUCCGAUUGUAUAGGCGAGUUUUAGUCAAUAGUAUUGGUCGCAAAAUCAUAAUACAUCGUAAAUUGAAUACAUUUGGAUAUACACAUUUCACGGUUGUUAAUAAUUUAGAAACCAAACACAAAAAAAUUCAUCAUAUCAUAGUACCAAACCUAUCACCAAAUAAAUACAGAAGCAGCCAAAAUUAUUUCUUACCAGCAAAGAAUUACAAGGAGCCCUUAAAGCCGAAGGAUCAAAUUCAUGAAAAAUCAUAUCAAAUGCUACAAGUGGAUUUGUCAAGUUAUACAAAAUCUGAAAAACACUCAAAGCAAUUUAUCCAUUUCAAGAAAGUAGAAUUAAUUGAUAUUUGCAGCCCACUUAGCAAGUUAAAACAAUUAAACGGGUUAUUUAGUGCAACCAAAUGUUUGUCCUUAGAACCUAUGCAGAUUCAAACACGCUACCUUAAUUCAGUUCUUUCUCUAUUUUGUUUACAAAAUAUCAAAGAACUUGAAAUAACAUUGGCUCGUGGGUAUUAUAGUUCAUUUGCACUCUGGAAAUUAAUGGAAGCAAUGCCAAAUAUAAGAGUUGUAGUAAUUCAAAAUGAUGGUAGUCAUUUUUUGGCAGCAAUGGUUGCUCAUGCGUUUAGAAAUUUACCUCACCACCUGGUUCGCAAGUUUUCCUUAGAUAUCCUGGAUAAUAUUCCUUUGAGUCAAUGCAGGGGAAACAUUAGUUUUGUUAAGACAUUGUUGGACCAUUGGGGUUCGAAUCUUGAACUUGUCAGGGUUAACAAAGUGAGUGCUGCGGAGAGGACAACUCUAUUGACAGUUGACCUUUUUUAUGAUCAAAUUGAUGAUCUCGAUGAAGAGAUGCGGCAAGAGAUAGAGAGCUUAGUGCAGUGGGUAAAGUCAAAUAUUACCAAAUAUCCCAAACUUAGGUAUUUUGUAUUUUAUACAUAUCAGUUUGUGAUAGAUAGGGUUGGAGGAAAAUGUCAGUGGAUUCAAUUAACUGGGAAUCAGCAAUGA